AUGUCCGAGCCUGUCAUUCCAAAAAUCUACUUUAAUGUUGUCAAUCAAAUAAAACAAGAUCAAACACCAACAGAUAGGGAUUAUGCUACUAGUUCAAGUAAUAAAGUGUAUGAUGAUGAAAAUAAGGAAAAUCCUAAAAAACAUUCAAAUUUAUGGUCAAAUAAAACCGAAGGGUAUCCUUAUAGUUCUCUUGAUCCGAAACGUCAACAUACUAUGGAUGACCACGAUUUUGUUCUUAUAGAAGAUCUUCCCUUAAAGAAAAGUAAAAUCGCUAGACAAAACGUUUCACUUGACAACAAUAAGUCCGAUCUGAUUACAACAUUGAAGUCUUUCUAUAAUGAAAUACAAGAAGAAUUAAAUGUUAUUUUUGGACAACUAAGCGAGAAGCAAUUAUUUAAAAUACGUCGGAAAAGAGUGAAAUUAAGACGUACAGCCUCUGUUUGA